UAAUAACAAUAAGAACAAUUAUUAAUAUAAAUUAAAAGAAAUAUCUAACUGGAAAAUAUAGAUAUUAACUCUUUGCACUCGGAGUGAUUUCUCAGAUCACCAGCAACUCGAACAUGUUUAUUCACGAAAUAGACAUGUUAUAAAUUUUGGAUACAUUUGUGAUAAAAGAACGAAAUAAAGAGGAAAAGUUCGAUCAUCGUGAGCUGCCUUGUUGAUUAUGAAAUAUCAAAUGCAUACGAGAGCGCGGUAUUCAUUCUGGUUUCGACGCAGAUGAUUUGUCAUCUGUUCGAUACACAAUUCGCGUGCGCACAUGAGACGAAUCGUCAAGGAGUCAAUAUAAAUUUUCUCUCUUUUUUUUGUUGAAGAAUUUGAAGAACGACUUAUCGGCUCCAGCUGUGAUCACGCGAUACGAAAUAACAUUAAAAAGCAUUUUUCCCGCGAUACACACGAUUUCCUUGGAUGUUAAAAAGGAUUCGAUCGAAACUGCCGAAUAUCGGGCAAGUACCUCAAAUUGUAAAAUUUCGAGGCGAAAAGAUAAAUUUUCGGAAAUAAUAGAGAUUAACGAAAGUUAGAGGUAGAAGCAUCAAUCCGGUUUAUUAUGAUUCUGUUCAUCAUCCUCGCUCAUUGUCAGUCAAAACAAAAUAUUUCUGUCUACUUUCCGUCAGGUCACUCUAUACGUCGAUACACAAGUGUCGACAGACGUUAAAACUCAGUUUCAGAAUAGCAACGGUCGAAUAUAAGCGGUGUUAUCAGUAUUAACUUUAAGAUAUAAGAACGCUUGUAACGUUAGUUAAUAAUUAAUAAUGUCGUCUGAGGAAGAAGUCUUGACCCCGGGAUUACAUCAUUGUCCGGAUGCGCUUAAUCUGUUCAAGAUAACAAAGAAAGAAUUGACAGGUAUUUCGAAUACGUUAGAUUUGAAACCCGGAAAUAUCGGGAACUAUAUUUUGGCUACAUUCGAACGUGCGCCAUUGUUCAUUGGUCAGGUGGAUGAGAAGACCGGAAAAAUAACUACGUUCCAGGAGAUGAGAGAGAACAGCAUAAAAUGCGCAAUAUUUAUGCAGGAAAUAGGUAUUAAGCAGCGCGAGGUGGUGACAAUAUGUGUCACCAAUCAUAUAGACGCCUACAUACCGUACCUGGCUUGUCUGUACAUCGGAGCUAUCGCGGACUUAUGGCAUGAAGAUUUUAUAAGAGAUGCAGGAGGCGUACAAAUUCUAAGUCACCUGCGGCAAAGAAAGCCGAAGAUGAUUUUCAUUAACAGUAUCUUCGCCCCGAAAUUUGAGUUCUUCGCAAAUCGCGUGAGAAAAUUGUCUACGUACAUCGUGACCAUUGACGAAUGCCACCCGUGGACUUUUUAUGGUUCCACCAAUGUACGAAACUAUUACUUUGUCCAUAACGUCAUAAGCAGCGUCGAGGAGAAUAAAGUCGACGAAUUUUCGUGCUUAAGCGUAAACGAAAUGGAGAGUGCGGUGGUGAUGUACUCUCCCAGCGCAACUACCUCUUAUGGCAACAUUGAGUUUCCUCACGUAAUGUUCUCGUACCCGACGACCAGGCAGAUACCCAGAAUGCAGAAGAAUGAUGUCGGUCUGUGGUACGCACCCUUCUGUUCGCUGCACGGUCCGUUCCUCAUCGUGCACGCUAUACUCGAGUAUGUGACGGUGAUCAAGCCCAAGAACUUCAGCGAGGAGAACAUGUACGAAACCAUACAGAAAUACAAGGUGAACUGGGUGUUGCUUGAGAGCACAAUGUGCAACAAGAUGUUCUUCAACAUCGAUGUUAGAACGUACGAUACCUCUAUGUUGAGGGAAAUCGUGUGUGAUUCGGAGGUCAGGCACAAGGCUUAUACAAAGCUGAUGAAGUUGUUACCGCAUGUUUCCAUCGUUAAAGUAUAUAGUACGCACAUUGAAGUACAUAAACGUGCACUCCCGUAUAGCGUGAUAAUCAACGAUCGACGGCAACGAUUCAGUAUCGAGAAGAUCCGAGAUGUCCGAAUUGUUCCAGGUAUGGUGCAGACAGGCGUAAUAGCUUGCCAGAAAAACUGCAGAAAAGACGGGUGUAGCGGCUACGUAGGGCAAAUGAUGAAAGUGAAGAUUAUCGAUAUGAUCACCAGGAAAAAGUUGGGUCCAAAAUCAUACGGUGAGAUCUGGUGCAAAUAUCCGAACAUAACUUUAAGCAAUGGCGAAAUAUUUUACGAAAGAAACAAAGAAUUUCCACGUUUACUUAAAUCCAAGGACCUCAAACGUAUGGCUAAGGGGUGGUAUUACACCGGGGAUUGGGGCUACUUCGACACGGAUGGUGCCAUUUACGUCAUCGACAAGAUCAAUAAUGUUAUGUACUUUGAAGAGCAGUACAUUUCGAAUACACAAGUCGAGGCUAAAAUUGAAAAACAUCCGCGUGUGAAAGAGGCCUAUAUACUCAGUAGUAGUAAUACCUUAAAAUUGCUGUAUAUUAAACCAUCGGCAGAAUUUCAGAAAAAAGUUUUGAUUGAUCAUCUGCAAGGAUAUCCGUUCUUUCCCGAGAAUAUCAAGCUACAUACAAUUUUCAUCAAUGACAUCACACCGCGUUUACCCAAUGGAAGAGUUGAUAAAGACAACCUUACUUACAUUAAAUAGAAAAUUUACUUGAAUAAUACAUAUAUUUAUUUACGCAUGUGUGUAUUAGAUAAUACACGUAUAAGUUAUGUGACGAGGAAUUAUUUAAUACUGAACUACUGCAUAAUGUUCCGAGAUGAAGCUUUAGUAAUAUUAAAAACAUAUCGUAUCUAUUAUUAACGUAUGUAUAAAAUAAUCUCAUUUUGCAAAUUUGCACUUCGCAACUUAUAUCACAAAAUGUCGCCAAUAUGCUGGGAAUACAAAUUUUCAAAGUAUAUGACACAAAAUCAUCUUGUAACACGAAACUAUCUUAUAAAUUCAUAAUUGUAAUAUUUGAUAUAUUACAAUUAUGAAUUUAUGUAAUAUAUUGUAAUAUUUAUGUGGAAUCGAAUCCGAAUCUUAUUUGCAGUAUCUACUAAAUAAGCGAUCUCGUGUUGUGUGGAAUUGUCUCCACAGUGAAUUAGUACGAUACAAAGUAAUAUUUACAAUAUUAUACUUGUUAAAUACCUGUAAUUCUAAAUUUUGUCAUUUUUAAUUUGUUGCAUUUGUAAACAGUUCUUAUGUUGAGUAUGGUAUUAUAGAAGCAUGUGGCUUUAAAAAUAAAAAUAUCAAGAUUAAAAUAAAAGAUUAAAACGCCUGCGGCCAAAGUGUGUAAAAUAUAGAGAAUUGAGAUAUUACAAACUACUGAAAAUAUAAAAAACGUGAAUAUUUCUGCAAAUA